CGCAGGAUCGAGCCCUCGAUUCGAUUGCGGCGCGCGAUCCACGCCGGCGACGCCCUGCUCGUCAAGCGCAUCCUCAAGUCCCAUCCCUCCCUCCUCCACAACCCCGACAUCUCGCCCGCCGGCCUCUCCAACUCCAACCUGCACCUGGCCGCCUCCCUCGGCCACAAGGAAGUCUGCCAGGUGCUCCUCGACGCCGGCCACGAAGAUCCCUGUCCCGCCUUGAACGAGCACCACCAGACGGCCCUGAUGCUGGCCUCGGGCGCCGGCCACACCGAGGUCGUCCACCUGCUGUGCGAACACGACGCCGCCUGCAUCCUGCGGAGGGACAUUCGCGGCCGGGACGCCGUCAUGGAGGCCAGCGUCGGCGGCCACGACACCAUACUGCAGCUGCUGCUGACCUACGUCCCCGGCGGACCCUACGAGGCGGUGCAGAGGGCGGAUAUCGAGGGAAACACGGCGCUCCACUAUGCCAGCGGCAACGGCAACCUGCUGGGUCUGCGGACGUUGCUCGCGGCCGGCGCGGAUGUCGAGAGGCGCAACGUGUGGAAUUGGACGCCGGCUGCGUACAGCGCCACGGUGCAGGCCGAGGUGUAUCUCAAGGGCUUGGUGUCCGAGGUCGGAAGGCUUCAGCAGCUGCAGCAG